GUGUUCCGGUUUGGUAGACCAGAAAAUCCUACACACAAUAUAUUUUGACGUGCCGAUAUACUCUCCUUUAAUUAAAUUUUUCUUUAAAUUACGCUGAAGUUCUUCAAACAUACCGCCACUUUCUGCAUUUCCGCUGAAUAAAAUAAAAUCUACAUUGGCACCAUUCUUUUCACCACAUUCCACAAACUGACACUUGCCAACAGCUGUUCGAAAUGUAUUGUUUACAUGGUGAGAAAAGAAACAAAUCUGCCGAUUCAGUCUUCUGCUUCAUUAGUGUUAACCAAAAAAAUUUUGCAUUAAACACGAAAAUAACAUAAUGACAUUUCUAUUAUGUAUCAGUGAUUUGUCGAAACAUCAGGAAUUUAAAGAAAUUGAUAGAAAUAAUAACGUGAAAACACUGCCCAAAAAAUUGCUUUGGGAUCGUGUAAUAUCCUUACGAGCAAAUAAUCAAACCACAAGUACUGAUAAAGCAUCCAAUGAUAACAAACAGCGUAUACUAAAGCGCUUAUAUAUAGAGAUUGAUGGUAUCAAUGCAUUCUACCUCUUACGGGAGUUGCAACAAUUAACACAACUGCGCCUACAGUUAAACACGAAUCCAGCAAUGCGUGGUAUUGAUAUAUUUUGGUUGCAAUUGAGACCACCAACAAAAGAAGUGAUCGACUAUAAAUGGAAUCGUAUAUUGUUACACACGCUGUGGGAGCAUAUCGAAGUGGAAUAUCUAAUGUCCUGGUUAUCUACGCUUGGCGGCGGUUACUCCGCUCUUGGAGAGCAAUUUAGCAAAUGUGCCGAGGUUGCUGGUAAAAUAUCCUUACGUCAAUUCAAUAUUGGUCUACGACUUGGCGAUCCAUUCCUACAAGCCAGAUGCAAAUUAUAUUAUAGCAUUUCACUUAUACAAACUGGUCAGCUUAGAAAAGCUAAAUAUAUCAUACGUGAACAAUACAAGUUCGCCAGAAAGCAAAAGGAAUUCGAUGGUCGUUUAGUAAAAAUGUGUCAUGGCAUAUGGUUACGGCUGCAAUACGAAUACGGAUUGCGCUUAAAGACCUCGACGGAGGCCGUUUUAGUGAACAAAUGACAUUUCAAUAGUGUAUAAAAAUGUCACAUUGCUUUAGUGUUGAGUUGAGCAAAAAAAAAAAAAAACCCAUAUCAGGUUCAUUGAAUACUUGAAUACUCCUAAAGCUUAUAUGUAAAAUUGGCAACAAUAAAGUGGAAAAUAAUUCUGUAGUUUUAUUCAUGCUUUGUAUAAA